AUGUUUACUUUCACUCCUCUCCUAGGCGCGCAAUCGUCAUCCUCACGGGCGUCGCAGUCUAUCUUGGAGCUUGAUGGGGGCAUCAAGAUCCUUGUUGAUGUCGGUUGGGAUGAUAGCUUUGAUACCCUUGAUUUAGCGAAACUUGAGAAACAUAUCCCAACCCUCUCUUUAAUUCUCCUGACACACGCUACACCGGCGCACAUCGGCGCCUUGGUUCACUGCUGCAGAACCUUCCCCCUCUUCACGCAAAUUCCAAUCUACGCAACAAGUCCCGUCAUCGCCUUCGGCCGUACGCUCUUACAAGACCUCUAUGCCUCAGCACCGCUUGCUGCGACCUUCCUACCGAAGACCUCUGUCUCAGAGUCUGGCGCAGCUUCAGCGUUGGCGGGUGUGCCGGGCGAUCGAGACACCGAAGCUUCAGGCAGCACAAGCCGAAUACUCCUUCAAUCGCCGACUGCGGAGGAGAUCUCUCGAUAUUUCUCUCUCAUUCAACCGCUCAAAUACUCUCAACCUCACCAACCGCUCCCUUCGCCGUUCUCGCCGCCGUUAAACGGGCUCACCCUCACGGCUUACAAUGCCGGCCACACCGUCGGUGGAACAAUUUGGCACAUCCAGCAUGGGCUGGAGUCUAUUGUAUAUGCAAUGGACUGGAAUCAGGCUCGUGAGAGCGUGGUUGCAGGUGCUGCUUGGUUUGGCGGGUCAGGUGCCAGCGGAGCAGAGGUUAUUGAGCAGUUACGAAAACCCACGGCUUUGAUCUGCAGUACCAAGGGAGGAGAUAAGCUGGCACUCUCCGGAGGGCGGAAAAAGCGGGACGAUCUUCUUCUUGAUAUGAUCCGCAGUAGUCUUGCGAAGGGCGGCACUGUUCUCAUUCCGACUGACACAAGUGCGCGAGUUUUAGAGCUGGCCUAUUCUUUGGAGCAUUCCUGGCGAGAUGCGUCAGCUGGCAAUAAAGAUGAUGUUCUUCAAGGGGCAGGAUUAUAUUUGGCCGGUAAGAAGGUUACCACCACAAUGCGACUUGCCCGAAGCAUGCUUGAAUGGAUGGACGAGAAUAUUGUACGCGAGUUCGAAGCUGCGGAAAGCACAGAUGCCACGAAUGGGCAAAGGACAGGUGGACAAGAUAAGGGCUCUAGCAAGGGCGCAGGACCGUUCCAUUUCAAGCACCUGAAGAUCAUUGAGCGCAAGAAGCGUCUCGAAAAACUUCUGGCAGACCAAGGCCCUAAGGUCAUUCUUGCAUCUGAUACAUCUCUUGACUGGGGCUUCUCAAAGGAGUCUCUUCGACAAUUGGCCCAAGGACCCAAUAAUUUGUUGUUAUUGACUGAGUCCUUCCGCAGGGAAGAGACGACAGAAGCAACAGAGGAUUCUCGGAGUUCGAUGAGCCUCGGAAAAAUGAUCUGGGAGUGGUAUGAAGAACGAAGAGAUGGUGUGGCCUUGGAAAAGGGAUCGGAUGGUGAAUUGCUCGAACAAGUCCACAGCGGCGGACGAGAACUGUCUUGGACAGAUGUGCAGCGGGCACCUCUCGACGCCGGAGAGCAGUUACUAUACCAGCAGUAUCUUGCUACUAAACGCCAGCUGCAAGACACAUCACAAACCCGGGGCCAAGAGCCUAUUGAAAACGUUGCAGACGCUCUCGAUGACGGAUCGAGCUCGACAUCUUCCGAAGACUCGGAUCCUGAACAGCAGGGCCGAGCAUUGAACUUUUCAGCAUCACUUGCCCACGCCAAUCGCAGCAAGCUUGCCGUCAGUGAUGAGGAUCUUGGUGUCAAUAUUCUGCUUCGCCGAAAGAACGUCUACGAUUAUGAUGUGCGUGGUAAAAAGGGUCGCGAGCGCAUGUUCCCUUUCGUGGCACCAAGAAAGAAGGGUGACGAAUACGGAGAAUUCAUUCGCCCGGAGGAAUACCUACGGGCCGAGGAACGUGAAGAGAUCGAUAUGCAACAACGGCGGUCCGAUGCGGAAACUAAGCUCGGCCAAAAGCGACGAUGGGAUGAUACCGUUGGGCCCAAUGGGCGAAAGUUGUCCGGCGGCGCAACAGGGCGAAAGCGUCUACACAUGGAUGGCCGGAAGGUCGACGAUGAUGAUCUCAGCCUUGCCACCGAUGGCGAAGAUGCCGAUGAGGCCGUGGAGUCUGAAGAAGAAGCAGAUGGUCAGACAUUCGAAGGACCUGCCAAGGCCGUGUUCCAUCCGCAGAGCGUCACACUCCACGCUAGGAUUGCUUUCAUUGAUUUCAUGGGGUUGCACGACAAGCGUAGCUUGGAAAUGUUGAUCCCGCUCAUUCAACCUCAGAAGUUGAUCUUGGUCGGUGGAAUGAAGGAAGAAACCGAUGCCCUGGCUUCUGAAUGCAAGAAGCUACUGGCUGCCAAACCUGGUGCUAUUGUCGCCGAUCCCCACUUUGACUCAGCUUCUAUCAUUUUCACGCCCGUCAAUGGCGAGGUCAUCGAUGCCAGUGUCGAUACGAAUGCUUGGAUGGUCAAACUGAGCAACACCCUCGUCCGACGACUCAACUGGCAGCACGUCCGCAGUCUGGGUGUGGUUGCUCUCACAGCCCAACUGCGAGGUCCAGAACCCAUCGUCGACGAUAGCGACACCGAAACAGUAGGCAAGAAGAUGAAGCAGCUGAAAGACGAAGCAGCUUCAUCUGCCGUUGCCCCGGCCUUAGAACAAGACAAAAAAUCAACUGAAAAGCCAGAUGUCUAUCCCCUUCUCGAUAUCCUCCCUGCCAAUAUGGCCGCGGGAACCAGAUCCGUGACACGCCCUCUACAUGUCGGCGAUUUGCGCUUGGCUGAUCUUCGUAGGCUGAUGCAAGCAGCUGGCCACACUGCCGAGUUCCGUGGUGAGGGAACGCUGUUGAUUGACAAGUGCGUCGCUGUCCGCAAAUCGGGCACUGGCAAGAUUGAGAUCGAAGCGACUGCGCAGUCUUCAAUUGGCCAGUCUGCUUUGGGUCGUGGAGCAGGCAGCUUCCUUGCUGUCAAGAAGAAGAUCUAUGAGGGCCUAGCUGUUGUUGCGGGCAACUAA